AUGAAUAAUUCAGUUUUCUUUUUGGCAGGAGUCGUUACUAUUAUUGCGAGCUGUGUCCCCAUCAGCUUCGCGUUGCCACCAUGCGUCUGCACGCGAGGUUUCAGCCCAGUUUGUGGUUCUGAUGGCACUACAUAUAAUAACCAAUGUAUGCUUGAUUGUGCUGCCACCAAAAACCCAGACCUCAGUCUCGCUCGACCAGGCAAAUGCGACACUCGUGCGAAACGUGAGGAACCUCUACUAUGCCCAUGUAAUGCUAUUCAUCUACCGGUUUGCGGGACAGAUGGCGAGACCUAUGCCAACGAAUGCAUACUCGACUGCCAGAAAGAACAAACCAAUGUUGAGGUUAAAUAUCAAGGUCCUUGCAAGGUGAAAAGGGAAGAACCAAUCUGUGCCUGCUCGUUCGAUUAUAAUCCAGUCUGUGGUACCGAUGGUGAAGGGCAAAAAACCUACAGCAAUCGAUGUGAACUCGAAUGCCUUCAGAGAACCCAGGCCGUGGAGUUCUUAUAUGAAGGUCCAUGCAGAAACAAGAGAGAGGAGAUCCAAGUCGCCCCAGGACCCAUAUGUCUUUGCACUACAGAUUUGAGACCAGUAUGCGCCAGUAAUGGGUUGACGUACGACAAUCCCUGUUUGUUUGACUGUGCAAAAGAAUCAAGCACGCUGGAGGUGUUGCGUAUCGAGCAUGAGGGCAUAUGUGCCCCAAAACCAGUCGUCAUUGGCGAAGGUGGCCCACAGUGCUCAUGUCCGAAAGUAAAGGAACCUGUUUGCGCAUCUGAUGGUCAAACAUAUUCCAGCGAAUGUAUGAUGAAUUGUGAAGCCAAGGAAUUGACGGUCACCCGUAACGGACCGUGUUAA